AUGAAAUUUAGUCUUUAUAUCUUGUUUUUAAUUUCCUUGUUCGUCGCCUUGGUCUUUGCUAAAGCCGAUGGGCCAGGGGAAGAAGAUUUAGAAGAAGAUCUCGCCAAACGUUCCGCUGAUCCAUACUACAAUAAAUACUACCACAAGUACUACAAACGUAAUGCCGAAGAUGAAAAAGAUCUCGCCAAACGUAAUGCAUACUACAAUAAAUACUACCACAAGUACUACAAACGUAAUACCGAAGAAGAUGAAGAACUAGACAAGCGUUCCGCCGAACCAUACUACAAUAAAUACUACCACAAGUACUACAAACGUAAUGCCGAAGAAGAUGAUGAAAAAGAUCUCGCCAAACGUGAUGCAUACUACAAAAAAUACUACCACCAUUACUACAAACGUGAUGCCGAUGCUGAUGCAUACUACAAAAAAUACUACCAUCAUUACUACAAACGUGAUGCCGAUGCUGAUGCAUACUACAAAAAAUACUACCAUCAUUACUACAAACGUGAUGCCGAUGCUGAUGCAUACUACAAUAAAUACUACCACAAGUACUAUUAA